AAGAAGAAAAAUACGAGGCUUCUAUUUGUGAAGUAUUCUCUCCUAAAUAAUUCCAGUAUAUUUUACUUUAGCCAAUUAUAUAUUUAUCCAUUUAUAUUUUUAUCUUGGUAUCAGAGCCGAAAUCCUGAAAAUAGUAUAUAUAUAUAUUAAAAAAAAAAAUCUCUCCAUAUUAUUUUUGUAAGAGCCCUUUACCCUAUCUUCUUCUUUAUUCCCUUUCUAAAUUAUGGCGGGUGAUGGUGAAACCAAGGCCAAAGACAUAGUCAUUGAUUCCAUGUCACCUUAUUUUAUCCAAUCCGGAGAUAAGCCCGGAGAUAUCCAUGUUACUUUGACUCUUCGAGAUGGAAACUAUGGAGAUUGGCUCGAUGAAAUGAGCAACGCCCUAUAUGCCAAAAAUAAAUUUGGCUUUGUAAAUGGUGAUAUACCGAUGCCUCAGUCCGACUCACCAUACCUUCCAUAUUGGCAACGAGCAAAUGCCAUGGUUAAAGGUUGGCUCAAUAGUAGCAUGGAGAUGGAGCUAAGGCAAAGUGUGAAGUUCAAAACGGCCCAAGAGAUCUGGACUGAUUUAAAAGAAAGAUUUGCGAAGGAGAGUGCUCCACGCGCUUAUGAGCUUCGGUGCUCCCUUAGCAACAUUCGACAAGAUGGCCAGUCUAUUUCGGCCUAUUUUAGCAGGUUACGUCGUGUGUGGGAUGAAAUGGUCUCUAUAAACACGGCGCCUAAUUGCACGUGUGGUAAGUGUUCGUGCAAUAUUUCUAAACAGAUAAUUGAUUCCCGCGAUAGAGACCGUCUUUAUGAUUUCUUGAUGGGUUUGGACGAUGCUUAUGCACAAUUGAAGAGCCAGAUUCUGGCAACAAGGCCGGUUCCUACUCUCACCGCCGCAUAUCAUCUUGUUUCAGAGAGUGAACAACACAGGUCUAUCACAUCCGCACGCAAACCAGGUGGUGAUGGUACGGCUUUUUACACACAAACUAAAAGAGAGCCAAUUCCAGGACGACGUUCAACUGCAAAGGAAAGUCGGUCUUGCUCCUAUUGUGGAAGGACUAACCAUACUUACGAUGCAUGCUUUGCACGUAUUGGUUAUCCACCCAAUUGGAAUAUUAAAGGAAAAGAUAGUAGGCUGCCAGGGACUUUGACUCAAGCUAGAAUUGGUGGAGACCCACGUGUCUCACGUGAAGGAGGAAUCCGUGAGGUGCUUACUUCCAACCGCAAUAAUCCUUCACCUCAAAUAGCACAUGUGGACAGUAAACAAGGCAACCAAUUGGGAAUUUCUGAUGAACAACUCCAAAAAUUGGCCAGACUUGUAAGGCAUGUGCUACAGGACGAAACAAGCACACCCUCAUCUUCUAAUAUCAAAAUAAAUAUGGCAGGACUUACCCUCGAGGAAGCUGAUUGGGGUGGGCCGACUCCGUGAUGGUUUAUACUACCUUGAAAUUCCAAUAAAUGAGAAGGUGGCAAUGUCAGUUUCUCUCCAUCAUGAUUUAUGGCAUCAACGUUUAGGACAUGCUUCUGACGAAAAAUUAAAUUUCAUCAGUUCUCUCCAAGGUUUCAGACGGAGCAAUAAUUUCUGUGACUCAUGCGUACGAGCCAAACAGACUCGUUUGCCUUUUCCUGUCAGUACCAUUAAGACAACUCGUUGCUUUGAAUUAAUACAUUGUGAUAUUUGGGGCGGCUAUAAAUGUGAUUCCAUUUCCGGUGCACGUUAUUUCAUGACUAUAGUAGAUG